CAAUUGAUUUUCAAAACAUAUAAAUUUACCAUUAUGUGUAAAUGGGUUGUGUAUGAACAUUCUGAAAGUUAGUUCUUUUCACCUUUAGUCAGAAUGGAAAUGCCCGAUUUAUACCACAAAUCUCAUCAUGAAGUGAAACGAGAUUCGGGACUCUACCUCCAAGCAUACUACUCAAAAAUGAAGUGGCACAUUGAUGGGGGAGAGAAUUUUUGUGAGAUCGGCGCUGGUCCUGGUGAUGUUUCAUUCAACUACGUUUUUCCAAGUAUACCUGCAAAUUAUGGAAAAAUAGUUUUUAGCGAUAUUUCUAAGGAUAUGUUAGAUUUUUUCAAAUCAAAUUAUAAACUACCUAGCAAGUGUGAGUUCAAAGUUAUGGAUAUUGCUGCCAAACAAGGAGUACCCACCGAAUUGGAGGGUUUAUUUGAUCAUGUCAUCUCUAUGCUGGUUAUGCAUUGGGUAUCGGAUACCAGGAUGGCCUUAAAAAAUAUGUUAAGUCUCUUGCGACCUCAAGGUGGUGACUGUUUUAUGACAUUCUUUUCAUUUAACAACAUCUUUGCAGCCAAUUAUCAUAUGGCCAAAGUUGAUCAAAAAUGGUCGCCCUUCAUCAAGAAUGAAGAAUGUUUUGUAUCAUCGUUCCAUUUCUCCCAGGACCCACAGGCGGAGUUUACUGAAAUGAUGAUGGAGGCGGGGUAUAGCCAUAUAAGUGUUAGCGUAAAGCCUGUAGCUUACCAUUAUGGAGACCGAUAUCAAUUUAUAGAGAACAUAAGGCCAGUAUGUGGUAUAUUGAGUUAUAUACCCAAAUCAAUGCAGUCUGAAUUUAUGGAGGAUUAUAUUGACGUCAUGGCUAAACUGGGCGCCCAACAUCGGGGUCUUAAGGAAACGGAUUGUGAAAAUAUGAUGAUAGCUGAUCUAAUCGUGGCCUCUGGCAACAAAUUGGGUACAAUAAGCAAUUGAUUUUCAAAACAUAUCGUUUUACCAUAUUUUAAGGAAAAGACUUUGUUAUCCACAUGUUCUACAGUUGAACAUCUUGAAAGUUAGGUAGGUAAUUUAUGACAAAAUAUA